UCUCUACAAUUCUUCUUCUCUGAGCUUCGUAUUUCUUAACCCAUCACCGCCCUUCUUCCUCUUUCUUAUUACUCUCUCUUUUUUUUUUUUUUCUUUCAGGUUUAAGAAUCUUGAGGAUAAUCUUUCUCUUUACUCUGCCCCAAAUCUACUUCUCCUAUUCCCAGGGUGAUUUGGUUUUCGUUGCAGAGCUAAGUGGCAGAGAUUUUAUAGAAAAUUGGAAUGUGGAAAUAAAAGAAAUGAUUCUUAACAUUACGCGAUGAAAGUGAUUUUUAGCGGAGAUGGCAAAACUCUAUCUUACUGCUCUAGUUUUGGUUUGCUUUCAUUACUUUGCGGUGUCUGAUUUUCAAGGUGACGCACUCUAUGCAUUUAAGAAGGCAUUGAAUGCAACAAGUAGUCAGCUUGGAGAUUGGAACCUAAAUCAUGUCAAUCCAUGCAGUAGUUGGUCCAAUAUUAUGUGUAAUGGGAACAACGUGACAGCUAUAACCUUGCCAACGAUGGGAUUUACUGGAACCUUGUCUCCAGAAAUUGCUGUCAUAAAAUCUCUUUCAACUCUGAACUUGGAGGGAAAUUACAUAACUGGAGGGAUACCAGCGGAGUUUGGAAACUUGACAAAUUUGGUCACUUUGGAUCUCGGAAAUAACAGCCUAAUUGAUCAAAUACCAUCGUCCCUGGGUAAUCUUAAGAAUCUACGGUUCCUAACUCUGAGUCAAAAUCAUUUAACUGGGAGUAUUCCUGAGACGUUGUCAACCCUUCCUAGCUUGAUCAAUCUUUUUCUUGAUUCGAAUAAUCUCAGUGGCCAGAUUCCGGAGCAAUUAUUUCAAGUUUCAAAAUUCAACUUUUCUGGAAAUAAGUUGGAUUGCGGCAACAAUUCACGUUGGUCCUGUGAUUCGGACAGUACAAAUUCAGGUGCUUCAAAUAAGUCGAAGGUUGGGCUCUUAGCUGGACCUAUUUCUGGGUUAAUGGUUACUCUUCUUUUGGUCGGAUUAUUGCUUUUGUUGUGCAAGCAUAGAUAUAAAGGCUACAAGGGUGAAGUCUUCGAAGAUGUUCCCGGUGAAAUUGAUCGAAAAAUUGCAUUUGGUCAGCUGAAAAGAUUUGCAUGGAGGGAGCUACAGCUAGCUACAGAAAAUUUUAGUGAGGAAAAUGUUAUAGGACAAGGAGGCUUUGGAAAGGUUUACAAAGGGGUGCUUGCUGAUGGCACCAAGGUUGCAGUGAAACAGUCAACUAAUUAUGAACGCCUUGGGGGAGAUGCUUCUUUUCUGCGUGAAGUUGAGAUGAUUAGUGUAGCUGUUCAUAGAAAUCUAUUGCGGCUGAUUGGGUUUUGUACAACUCAGACUGAACGCUUAUUGGUGUAUCCCUAUAUGCAGAACUUGAGUGUUGCCAACCGUCUUCGAGAACUUAAGCCUGGGGAACCUAUUUUAGAUUGGCCUACACGAAAACGUGUGGCAUUGGGGACAGCUCGUGGUUUAGGAUAUCUUCACGAACAUUGCAAUCCAAAGAUUAUUCACCGAGAUGUUAAGGCUGCUAACGUCUUGCUUGAUGAGGAUUUUGAAGCAGUUGUUGGUGAUUUUGGCCUCGCCAAGUUGGUUGAUGUUAAGAAGACUAGCGUCACAACUCAAGUUCGGGGGACAGCUGGCCACAUAGCACCCGAGUACUUAUCCACUGGGAAAUCGUCAGAAAAGACUGAUGUUUUUGGUUAUGGCAUUAUGCUUUUAGAACUUAUUACAGGACAACGCGCGAUCGACUUCUCACGCUUCGAUGAAGAUGAUGAUGUUUUACUGCUAGACCAUGUCAAGAAAUUGGAAAGGGAGAAGCGACUGAACAUUAUUGUGGACGAAAACCUGACUAACUAUGAUAUUAGAGAGGUGGAGACAUUGGCUCAAGUUGCGCUACUGUGUACGCAGCAAUCUUCGGCUAGUCGGCCAACAAUGUCGCAAGUCAUUCGGAUGCUGGAAGGCGAGGGACUCGGAGAGAGGUGGGAGGAAUGGCAGCAUUUAGAGGUGAUUCGCAGACAAGAUUAUGAGAGAAUGCAAAGAAGAUUUGAAUUAGGGAAUGAUUCCAUUUAUAAACAGGAAGCUAUUGAGUUAUCUGGUGGAAGAUAAGGUAGCAAUUACCAAGCUUUUUGAUCCUCAUCUAUAUGUCAGUUUUUUUCUGUUAGAUUAGUUUGAUUUGGGGGCCAUCCUUAUGAAAUCAUUGCCUUCUCAUAUCCUACUUUUGUACAUUUCAUUCACUUUUGUUUAUAUUUUUUUGGCUGUGCUUCUUUGUGUAAUCUUAAUUCCCUCAAUUUAACACGUGCUGUGGCUGAAGUUUGUAUUUGUAAUACAACUGAGUGAAUAGAGUCGUUAUUUUCAUACUUGGCAUUGCAUUUGCCAACAUUGUAACUAUAGAAUAAUUAUUGUUUGAGCUUAAAUAAAAUUGUUCUUCGUUUCUAAA